CUAGAAGUUCGAUCCCAGCUAUAAAUAGUGCCAACCAGUAUGCACCAUGGUAACUUCCCAAAAGCUUGUGAAGUUUCUGAUUCUCCCAUUCUACUGUUCUUGUGAUUUCUUCUUCUUCAGUCUCUUUUGUUGCCGGUUUUCCAUAAAUUUUCAUUCCUCCUGGAAUUUCUUUUUACAAGGAAAAGGGACAGUUUUUAGUGCCCCGCCCUGAUUUCCUUUUUUACAUUAUUUUCUACUCUUAAAUCUCUCUGUUUGAUCUGUUUUCAUUAAACACUUUCACCUCAAAGAAGGAAGAAAUGCAAGGAAUUCAAGAAAAUAGUUCAUCUUUUUCCUUCGGUGAAGGUGCUGACAUCCGGUCUUCACUCUCACAGCUGAUAUUAACUGGAGGCACCAGCACAAUCGACUCAAUUUUCUCUCUCUUUCCACCGACACGCACCAUCAUCAGCCCUGUAUCCAAGCCAUUAGGCUCUUCAGUUUAUCUUCGCCAAAGAGACAUUCUCCAGAAAUUUUAUGAAGAAAACAGAAAAAAACCCAACAGGCUCAUGUUUAAUUCUCUAAACAACUACCCACUUCAGAACCGUGCGAACUCUUCGAGCACUACUUACAAAGCUCCAACGAAAAAGAAGCUUUACAGAGGAGUGAGGCAGAGACAUUGGGGGAAAUGGGUAGCUGAAAUUAGAAUUCCUCAAAAUAGAAUGAGAGUGUGGCUAGGUACUUAUGAAACGGCUGAAGCUGCUGCUUAUGCAUAUGAUCGUGCGGCUUAUAAACUUAGAGGUGAAUACGCAAGGUUGAAUUUUCCAAACCCCAGCAAGUUAGGGUUUGCAGAUUGUACCAGACUGAAUGCGUUGAAGAGCUCAGUUGACGCCAAGAUUCAAGCAAUCUGUCAGAAGUUGAAAAAGGAAAAAGUUAAAAAGAAUCCAAAUAAAGAAAAUGAGAAAGUAGUUGAUUCGUGUUCAUCUUCUUCAACCAUGUCGCCUUUAAUCAAUUGGAAUGGUGAAUUGGUUUCACCAUCUCUUUCUGAAGAUGGGUUUUGGAAGAGUGAAAAUUCUCAGCCAUCUGUUUCCACUGAGCACCCCACCACCAUGGCUGCCGAGGAAUCAGAAUUUGAAAGUUGUUCGCUAGCAAGAUUGCCAUCUUAUGAUCCUGAGCUAAUUUGGGAAGUUCUUGCUAAUUAAAACCCUAGUAAUUUUUUUUUUUCUCAAUUCCGGAUUGCCUGAGUAAUAAUUCCAGACUGUAAAUGGUAAUUCUGAUGUUGCAAGUAGUUCUAUUUGGCCUUAUUUUGUAACCAAGGCAAAUCUUACAUUUCCAAGCACAACAAUUGUUUGGUUUGUUGGGUGACAAUGUAAUAGAUAAUAUAAGAGUAAUCUGAUGACUAUUUUUACCGUCUCUAUUAAAAGAUUA